CGCCGUAGAUCUGCUCUAAUAGCCUAUCGCAGUUCCACAACCUUGACAGUUCCACGCAACACGCACACCCACACCAAAAAAAGCACACUCCCCAACUCCACCGGUUGGGGUGGGGAGGGGGACAGCAGCUGGAUGAGAUCUGUUUCCAAACGCGCACCGAUGGCGGUGUGAGGCGGAGAAGUAGAGAGAAGUACGCUGUGGAUUUCGUGGGCAGGUUUUUUUAGGGGGGUGGGGGACAUCUUCUCCCAUCCAGGACCGAGUUUUAGGGGACUUUUAACAAUAUGGAUUACUCGGUCUGUGUGCUCCUUCUCUUGACAACCAUCUCGUGUGCGUCGGCCGGACCAUUCCCCACUGAGCAGACGGUAAAAGAAUGGGUGGACCAGAUGCAAAAAGAUUUGAUCGCAUUAACAGACACAGCCAGCGGUUUGGAGAAUCUAAUAAAGAUAUAUCAUAAACACAAAACUCACUUCAGUGUGGAGUCCAACAAUGCCAGGCAGCUGGUGGCUACAGCCUCAGGGAACAUUGAGAAACUGCUGGAUAACCGCUCCCAAGCCUUAAAGAGGCUGGCAACAGAAGCAGAAAAGUUUCAGAAGGAGCAUCAGUGGACGGAAAAAAGUGAGGAUAAUAAAAUAUUUUACUACAACGCCAAAGAUGGAACAAACAAGACAGAAUUUGAGGAAAAACAAAAAGGAGAAGACGGAGAUGAGUUGAAAAACAGAUUCAUUCCGGAUGAUUUUACUAAUGAGACGGACGAGAACUUUAAGCGAAGAGUUUCCUUCAACACCACUGCUGUCCACAUCCCCACAGACAUAUAUGAAGGCUCCACGAUCAUCCUAAAUGAGCUGAACUGGACCGAUGCCUUAGAGGAUGUCUUCCGGAAAAACAGGGAGGAAGAUCCCUCGCUGCUCUGGCAGGUGUUUGGCUCUGCGACAGGACUGGCUCGUUAUUAUCCAGCAUCCCCCUGGACUGACUCGAGCAGUUCCCCUGACAAGAUCGACCUGUACGACGUGCGCAGACGGCCAUGGUACAUUCAGGGCGCAGCGUCACCCAAGGACAUGCUGAUCCUGGUGGAUGCGAGCGGAAGCGUGUCAGGUCUCACCCUGAAGCUCAUCAAGACAUCUGUGCACAAGAUGCUGGAGACCCUCUCCGAUGAUGACUUUGUGAACGUGGUUUCUUUUAACAAAAGCGCCAGGCCUGUCGCGUGCUUUGAGCACCUUGUGCAGGCCAAUGUGAGGAACAAGCGGGUCCUGAAAGAUGCCGUGCAGAGGAUCAAAGCCGAGGGGAUCACCAACUACACCAGUGGCUUUGAGCUGGCAUUUGCACAGCUUGCACAGACGAAUGUUUCCAGAGCCGACUGUAACAGGAUUAUAAUGCUGUUCACUGAUGGAGGAGAGGAAAAGGCAGAGGAAAUAUUGGAAAAACUCAACAAAAAUCGAGAAGUGCGCAUCUUUACAUUUUCAGUAGGUCAGCACAGUUAUGACAAAGGACCUGUACAGUGGAUGGCUUGUACUAAUAAAGGAUAUUACUAUGAGAUCCCCUCUAUUGGAGCCAUUCGGCUUAACACUCAGGAAUACUUAGAUGUUUUGGGAAGGCCGAUGGUGAAGGCCGACAGAAAGGCCAAGCAGGUUCAGUGGACCAACGUGUACCUGGACGCACUGGAUCUUGGUCUGGUGAUCACUGGAACUCUGCCCGUUUUUAACAAGACUGACUCGAAGAAAUCUCCAAACCAGCUCAUUUUGGGGGUUAUGGCUAUCGAUGUUUCGCUCGAAGAUAUCAAGAGGCUGACUCCUCGCUUUACCUUUGGACCAAAUGGCUACUACUUUGCUAUUGACCCAAAUGGAUAUGUGUUGCUCCAUCCUAAUCUUCAACCAAUGACUGCCAGGUUUGAUGAGCCUGUAACGCUGGAUUUUCUGGAUGCAGAGCUGGAGAAUGACAUCAAAGUGCAGAUAAGAAAAGAAAUGAUUGACAGAUCAACAGGGGAAUAUACAGUAAACACACUGGUGAAAUCUCAAGAUGAGCGUUACAUAGACCAAGGUCAAAGGACGUACACUUUUGGACCGGUGAAGGGGACCGACUACAGCUUGGCCCUGGUCCUCCCUGAUUACAACAAGUAUUACAUCCGAGCCACCAUUGGCGACACGAUCACGCAAGCAAAAUCAUUUCUGGGGAAUAAUGUUUCUGAGACCCUGCUGGUGGACAAGUUUGACGAAUACGGCUACACAUUUAUUGCACCAAGGACGUACUGUAAGGACAUGGAGCCCCUCAACAAGUACACAAACACAGAGUUCCUCGUGAUGUUUAACGACUACAUCGACAGAAGGACUCCAAACGACCCAGAGUGUAAUGUGGAGCUGAUGAACAGACUUCUCCUUGACGCUGGCAUCACCGCUGAUCUGAUCAAGAUCUGGAAAAAAUCUGAGUUGCCGAAUGGAGUUAAAGCCGUUUUUGUUGCCACUGAUGGAGGGAUAACACGGGUGUACCCUGAAAGCGCUGGGAUGGAGUGGAACGAAGAAGUAGAAACAUACGAGUCGAGUUUUUACAAGAGGAGCUUGGAGAACGAUCUUUAUAUCUUCACACCCAAACCUUACAACAAAAAUCUGAGCAGCUCAGAAAGUGAUGAGUCCAUCCUUGCGAGUAAAGCAGUAGACCUCAAGAUUGGUGAAGUAUUACUCAAACCAGCUGUGGUCGGUGUGAAGUUGGACAUCAAGGCGUGGAUGAAUAGCUUGAUGAACACCACAACCACGAUUAAUUGCAAAGAUGAGAUCUGCGGCUGUAGGAUAAACAACGCGUACAUUGACUGCAUCGUCCUGGAUGAUGGCGGCUUUCUCGUGAUGUCCAAUCAGGAGGAAUACAUCAAGGAGAUUGGGAAUUUCUUUGGAGUCAUCGACCCCACGAUAAUGAGAGCUCUAGUCAACGACUCCCUGUACACCUCGAAGAGUACCUACGACUACCAGUCACUGUGUGACCCUAAACGGACGAGCAAGAAGGCUGCAGGUCCUCGAUCCGUCUACGUGCCCACAAUAGCCGAUAUUCUGAAUCUGGGAUGGUGGGCGACUGCCGCAGCCUGGUCCGUAUUGCAGCAGUUAAUGGUCAGCAUCACGUACCCCAGCUUUCUGGAUGCAGUUGAUGUGGAGGAUAAAAUGCCAGAUUCCAUGACUAAGGAGGUCUGCAUCACGGAGCAAACUCAGUACUACUUUGAAAACAAGAGAUCAACCUUCUCUGGCUCAGUCGACUGUGGGAACUGCAGCAGGCUCUUCCUCGCUGAAAAGCUGCCCAAGACGAACCUGGUCUUUAUCAUUGCUGAUGCAAAAGGCACCUGCUCGUCAUGUGUAUCAAGCAAAUUAAUACAGGAGGAACAGCAAUCUGACGGGCCCAAUCCCUGUGAAAUGGCUCUCAGUCCUCGUUACAGGAAAGGACCUGCUUGUUUUGAUAAGAAUCAACCUGAGAAGGACGCAGACUGUGGCGGGGUUUCUGGCCUGAGUUCGUCUCUGUGGCUUACGGUGGCCCUGCAGAUGUUGCUGCUCUGGAUUGGGACUGACUGCCGGCUCCACACCGUUCCAUCGUGACCAGUGAAGAUCCCUGCUCUGUUUCUCGGCCACCUCCAGAUCAACGCCUACCAGCAUGUGGCGCUGCAGAAUGAAGUCCCCCCCAAAAAAAGACGAGAAAAAAACAAACAUAUUCCUCAGUAUGCCAAGUUUCUCCUUAAAUUUGUUUACUUUCAGAAGAAGUGCUUCACAGGAGCAAGAUCUGAAUGAUAGCAAAGCCCUCUGUCUCUGACUAUCUUCUGUUGCUUCAACAGUCCCAGCUAUCAGAGAUUACAGCAAUCAGAUUGAAAGCUGAGUGGACUUUGUCUACAUGUCUAUGAUGAAAAAAAUUGGACUGCCAUUUAAAAGCCAGAGGCUCGAAUGGGGAUGAGGGACUUGUUGUUGAUUACAGAUAAAGAUUUCCAGCACUGCCAGAAAAAGCCCUUUGAAAGGGCAGAUUUUUGUUUGAAGCGGCAUUGAAGGCAUCUUUUUUUCCCCCGCUUGGUUGAGGUUUUGACAACGGUUUUGCAGAAGAGAUGCCAAACCUUCAUAUCACACCCUCUUUAUCUUAAUUCGCCUCAGCUGGGUUACAUUGUUGUCACUGUCUGAUUUACAGAUAUUGUUACCCAGAACAUUAUUCACCCUAUCUCUGAGUGCAUUAUCUUCUCUAAGAUCAGCUGUUCUUUCAUGUAGAUUCACUAUUUGCAGUGUGGAAGUCAUGUUCCUUGUGAUGUUUAUGCACAAAAGCCAACCCUUGUGCUGCCACAGUGCUUGUUUAUGACUGAAUUUCAUGCUCUGAGCUGAGGAUCUAAACAGUCAGCUCUGGUCUGGAGCGGAUCAUUUUUGGCUUUGUUUUUUAUUUUAAUUUUUUGAUUUAAAGAACCCUCCAAAAAAAAGAAUCCCUUAGUGUUUACUGACCUUUUUUCUUAUUUGUUGUUUGACUGAUGUGUCAGGAAAGGAUUCGACUAUUCAAUUUCUUCCAAAUACUUGGGGAGGACGAAAGAAGAUGCUGCACUUCUUAAAACGACUUUAGUUAAUUUAGGCCAAAAGGUUUGAAAAACAGCUUUGAAACUUCAGUUUAUAUCCCAGUUUCCAAAAAUCAAAGGUACAACAGUUGAGGUUUUAACAAAUUAGUAUUUGCUAAUGCAGGAAAGUCUUCAAAAAAGUUGAUUAAAAGCAUUCAACUUUAAUUAAAAUUGUUGCUUCAUACAGGUUGCAGGACAGCGUCUAAACACCAGCCUAAAUUGUUUGUUUUUUGUCUCUUUUCUCCCAGCCCAGUAGCAGUUUUUAGUUUCACUGAACACAUGCACACACCCAGACAAACAAAUCACUCACAUUUCAUAUUUUGUUUAAUUCCUAGGGUGCACACUUUGUUUUAAACAGAAUCUUACUCAACAAUGAUGCGACCCCGUCGCAAUUUCUGGAAGACACUCGGCAGUGUUUUACAGGUUACACCCCUAGGGCGGUCAGUUAAAUAACUCACCUGCUCAGCGUCCUAUUUAAGUCAGGUGCGCAGUUGUUCAUUCUCUUUCUUACCUUCAGCGCUCAUUCGUCGCCCCUCCCUCCUCCACGGCUUCCACCUGUGGGCUCCGUUAAGGGGGUUUUUGCUACCCGAACGUUUAUGGAAAAUGAUCUCAUGGAAUUGAACGGAGCCUUAUGCCAAAACGAAAAAGAUGUGAAUGCCAACUUAAAGAAUGUGAAUAUUAAGUAUGUGGAAUAAAUAUAUCUUACUGCAAGAGUUGUCUAACAGAAAUGUAAGUUUCCCUCAACAAACAGCCAAACCAGAGCAUUGUACACAUCAGCAUACACAUCCACAGGAAACAGGAAGUGACUUCACAUGUCAGAAUUGCUUUUCUUUACUUUGUUCCCCUUUAUGUCUAAUUUAUUUUGUUUCAAACCUAUUUCUGUAUUUCAAUUGACACUAUUUUUUUUUCUGCUAAAUAUCUGUACUUUUGGAGUUAUAUUUGAGAAUCCUCCAGGAAUUUGUUUUAAGGAAGUGUUUUGUUAAUUGGCCUGUGGGAGGGGCUAAGCCGUUAUAAUGAGUGAACUUUUCCCAGUUGGGAGAGAGCGGUCUUGGUUGCAGGGGUGGCAACAGGCUCUCCUAGAAACUUUUUAUUCUUCCUUUGAUUAUUGUUCUGGGAUCAAUAAAAUCCCAUUUUGAAAUUUGGAGUCUGCUGGCUUGGUCAUCCUAUUUUACAGUGAUUUAUUUAUGCACUGCUAAGAACUACCCAGUCACAUACUGUUUUAUGAUUAAUUUUGAAUUAAUUAUUGCAAAAACAAAUACAUUUGUCAAAGAUUCCUACGCUGAACUCUUUGCAAAAGACAAAAAUGACAGUUUUGCUUCAGUGUCUGUGCAAAACACUCCAAAUCAAUGUUGCCUGAUUUUGAUCUUUAGGCCUCAGCAUCGCAUACUUAAUUCUGUCGUGGAAGUGGUUGCAUGAUCUCACAAACCUGUCUGCAAUCGUUUCCAGCGAAAACGGCUGCACCCAUAAUUCCAAAUGAAAACGUCAACGACAAAACAAAUAAAUAAAUAAAAAAGUAACAGGAUCCAGAAACCGUACUGCCUUAGGCUUGGCUAGGCUCAUUUAUGAUUAACAUUGAUGAAAUCUUCGCUUUGGUCUGGUGAUUAAAAAUAAAUGUAUCUUUAAUUUCAGAAAUCAAGGGGGCAAUCCAAAAUAAAAACCAUCCAAUUCAUCAGUAUGCACUUCAAAAAGGCAGCAUGUUUGACGACAUGGGGCCAUCUUUGAUGAUGCUCUUGCACGCUACAUGACUAACUUGAGAAUGCUGAAACAAAACUAUAUCAUGAAAUAUAACAUGUGGACAAAGAAUGGUAAAAUGUUUUGGUUGCAUAAAACAUCAGAACUUGAUAAUUUUAAAAUAUAGUUGUUGUUUUUUUUAUUAUUAAAGUAUUUAUGCAUUGUGCUGUCACUGAAGCGACUGAAUUUUUAGCUGGAGUUUUUCUUUUGUUGUAAGCUAAACAUCCAUGUAGUAUAACUUAUUUAAUUUAUUGAAAGAUUUAUUGAAGAGAAAGUGUGUUCAUGCAACUGUAAAGGCCUUUAGUGUACUGCACAUCAGUCAAACUGCUUUUUGAGACAUCCAUUUAAAUGAAAAAUAAGAACAAAUAAAAUGCCAAAAAAAUGUCUUUUGGAUUUUGGAUCUGUAAAAUGAGAUAAAUUAUUGAUUCAUUUUCUAAUUGUUUUAUGCUUUUUAUAUAAUUUGGAGUCGGCGUGAGUCAGAGAGACAGCUUGUUGGUUUGUAUUUAAAAGCCGAGCUUUGAAUCCUCCAGUUGAAAAGGACAUUUGACUUAAACCAGCUGCGCUUGUUGGGUUGCCUCUGCUGUUAACUAUUUGUUGCAUAGGUUGAUGAUAAUUUAUGAGUGUGUUGAAUUUCUGUUUUAUGAUGAAUUCUCCUUUGAAAAGCCUCACAUGUGUGCUCAUUGCUUCAGUCAGAAGGCAGAAAUGUGCUUGUUUGUGAUACAUAGGGGGAUACACUCCAUGGUUUCAGUGCCUAAUAAUGCCUCUAAAUCACUAAAAAAUGCUUCCAGUUUAGUUGCAUAUGCGGAUGUUACCACAUGCUGAUCAAAUAAUCAAUACUACAUUUAAGAAAUCAACUGUUUUCACUUUGACAUGCCAAGACAUGAGGUGUCACACCAACACUAAGCCUGGGAGUGCAUCCAUUUUUUGUUUUGUUUUUUGCAAACAGAAAUGUUUUACGGAAACUGUCUGCAUGGGGGAAAGAAUCUGAGGUUACAUGCAUUUCUGAUUCUUACCUCUAAUUUCUUCUUCAAGACCUCACCAUGCCGAAAAGUGGCAGUUGUAAUGGUAGACGCAUUCUUCUGAGUCACAUUAACGAACAUUAGCUUGCCAAGUUUCACCUUUGGCAAAGCUCCACCAAUAAUACGAAACCAAAACUUUAAUGACUUCCCAGGUAUUGUUAGGUGCACUUUUUUACUUUCACUGUUUUUUCUUGUGUCUUUCUAAUCUAACAAAAAAAAAAAAAACUGUGUGGUGAAACUAACAGUCAUGCUCCUUCCUAUAAUAAUCUUCAAGAAGUGCCAUAAACAGUUGGACUCUUCUCUUGUGGAGAAACUUAUUAUUGUAAAAUAACUUUUAUGCAAUGUUCCUGAGGCACGAUGUGACUCUCUUAGACCUGUGCUGCAUGGUAAUGGCUGAUAAUAUAUUAAAUACAGUGUGUUCCUGCUUUUGUGUGUGAUGUUUGGAAGCAUAAUAUCCUGAAAGUAAAGCUCCCAGCUCACAGUGUAAUAAGGUUUGAUCAGCUGGCACUGCCGUCCCCUCGGGGAGACAGCAUUUGGAAUUAUAUGCUGCCGUAAAGGAAAAACUGAUAAUGUAUGAAUGCACUUUCUUAACUGUCUAACCUGUUUAAGCCAUGUUUGCUUCAGUCAUGUGUGCACUAUACCAGUGAUUAAACUCACUACAAAUCAUGAAUACUCUGCAAAAUAAAUCCUUGUGACACUGUUGAUAUCAAUGCAGUGUUUCAGCACCUCCUUGAACAACAUUUGUAACAUUUUAAGAAAAUAUGUAUUCAGUUAGUGAUGAUCAAACAAGACUAAGGCCAAGUUGCACAAUACAUGAGUUAAAUCGAUUCACAUCUCUGUGCCAAGUUGGCCAGGACACAAUGUUCAUGUCAACUUAAUUUCAAAGCAACCUCUUUGCCCCCCUUACAUUCACUUAUAACUAUUUUCCUCGUUCCUUAGUUCAAAUAUCUAAUUAUUGCGAUUUUAUAAGGACAAUGAUUAUGUUUUGAGGGGGGUAACAAAGGCAUUAAAGCCUUCUAAAGAGUCAGAUGAGCGUAGCUGCAUGCUACGAUAGUCAGAAGCAACACAACAAACAAGCAAGAAUAGAAGAAAAAAUUGCAGCAGCAGUAGAAGAAAAUCGGAAGUUUGCAAUUUUUUGGAAAUUAAGAGAAGCAUUGAUGGGAAAUAUGGAUUUUUGCUUUUGUUGUAGUAAUUAUAACGAUUGUGCAAGAUCUGCUAAAUUAAUUAAUUAAAAAACUCACACUGUUUUAAUAUCCAAUGGCAUGACAUAGUCAGAAGUGGUUCCAUUUUUGACUUUGAGGCGCCUGGUAAAGACAAAAGUUUUAACCCUAGACAUGAUUCUUUGGACAGUGAGACCACGACUCUUCCCGACCUCACUUGUUUGCACCCGCAUUACCCUUAAUGGCCUGGCUCCAGGCACCGAUGGUACCCAAUGCCUUCUUGCUUGACACACAGAACCAAAGUUUGGAUGUUUCACAGGUGCAGUGGUAAAUGCAGUCACAGACUCCUUCAGGGGAUCAGUCAAAUGGAAAGUUUCAUAUGAUGGUAAUAAGCACUCGUGACUAAAUUGAAGACAAAUUGAAAAAUCUAAAUGCACCUUUUACAUUUUUAUUAUGGUUUAUCUUGUGAAACAGAAAGCAGUUUAGGAUUUAACUUAUAUUGAGGUUACACAUGUCAUGGACUGUUUCCCAUUUUUAAAUGAUAGUUUUAGAGAGUUGUCCCCUUUAGCAGCCAGGUUGGUAAAAGGUUAGACUCCAUUGAACCAUAUUCUGGUCCCCCUCAUCAAGCAAAAAAGCUGCAAAACCUUUCUGUAAGGACUAUCUGAUUUAAAAAAUACUUAAUUGUUAUUUGAUGAGUUAGUUUUGUUCUUAAAUGAGCUUCAAUCUCAAGGCCAAAGGAGCUGCCUUUUGUCUUCAGUAUCUGUCUUUUAGGAUUCUUGUUUUUUUUAUCAUGUAUCCUGGUUCUUAGUAUGGAAUGUUAGUCUUCUGUUUCUUGUUUUUUCCAACAUGACUACAGCCAUCACUUCUAAGUACAACGGUGUGAAUUUUAUGAAGCAUCCUGAAUCGAGUCGACUUCUUUAAUGCAUCGUUAUUCAUGUACAGAUUAAUAAUAAAUUUACCCAAAUAAACAUCUCUGUCAAGCUAUGACUUAACUAAACAUAAAUGCAUUUGCAUACAGGAAGGUGCACCUGUCAUCACUCUUUUCAGCUCUUCUCUAAUGCAUCCUGAAAGUGUUAUUGUGAAAUGGAUCCGGGCCAUCUCAGGAAUGUAAA